UCUAUAAUAUACAGAUCUUAAUGUGAAUAUGAUUUCAUUGUAUGUUUGUUUCUUCUCAUGUAAAGAUGAGCUUUCUGGUAUGCCUUUCUUUCAGCUGGCAAAAGGGACUGUAGAACAGAGGGAAAAUUUAUUUAGGGAUUGUAUUAUACCGUAGAUACCAAGAUUGUCGGUAUUCAAUGUGUUAAUAUUAUUAUGCUUCGAAAUACUGGAGAAGCUAAACAUUUUUGAUUUUAUAUUUAUACAUACACACAUAUUAUAAUGAUUAUUACAUACUUUUAGAGGGGAGAGAUUUCACAUGAAUCCUUCUGAUGUAAAAUCUGGCAGCUUGGACCAUGACCAUUUUCCAAGGUCCACCAUCCGUCCUAUUCACCUGAUGAGGAAAACAGUUUCCCUCCUUUUCAAAUUAUUAAAACCUCCUCUGUAGACGGCUUUUGAGUAGUAUGGACUGUGGAUGACUAAUGUUGAUCUCCACUUGUGUCAAUUGGGGACCAUGUUACGUUAUGUUCCCUAUCAUAUAAUGCUCAGAGUAUCUGUUUAUUGUGUGUUACACCGGAUCAUUUUUUUUAGAACCUCCGUUUGAUAUUAUUUGUAAUGAUUCGGCAUAUUCUACUCAUGCUUUAUGUCAAAUCGUUGCAAAUAAUAUGAAACAAAGGUAGUAUUAAAUUUUGAUGACGUAUACUCCCUCGCUUAUAAAUAUUAGAGUCACAUAUACUAUUUUAGUAUGUUUAGAAAAGUUGUCACAUUUUCUAAAAUAUUAUUGGUUUAUUACUACCUUUCCUAACCCAUGUGGAGUUGGGGAGCGACCGAAUUAAAAUAGUUGGUCUUUAUAUUGGUAAUGGUGAUGGGUUAGAACAAUUUGACAAUUUAUUUUGAGCCGAGUGAGUACAAUAUUAAUGUUGUGUGCUUGUGUAUAUUUUAUCAUUUGUGUAGUUCACAUAUUUGUGGCAUACAUUACUUAUAGUCGUAUAUUUGUCUCCGGAACAAAUACAUGUCCAAGUGCCUGACUCGACUAAUUUAAGAAAAUUUUCUAUGAUUUUGGUCUAAAAUAAAGUGUCGAAGUGUGCAUACCUCUUUAGGAAUAAUGAGGAUCCGACAUGGUUGUUUGAGGUUAUAUGAAGACUUGAAGUCAUAAUAUCGUAGCUUUGGGAAAAGUUAAAUUUCACUUUUGGUUGUAAGGUGUGCCAUGAUUGAUGGACUAAUUCUCAAUUCCCACAAUUAUGAUGGGGAAGUAUUUCUUCCCUACUGAGACCUUUGCUAUUGACAAUUGUCUUUGUUUAGUAUUAUGUAAAAUUCCUUGGAGUGACCUAUCCUAUCAUUGCUGUAGCCCUAUUCCUUCAGAAUCAAACAUCUUUUGAAGUUGAGACAUUGGACAUUAAAUCAAGACAGUUCAUUUUUUUUUUUUUGAGGGGAAUUCAAGACAGUUUAUUGUGUAUCAUUACUAGUUCAUCUUAAUUGUAGUACGUUAAUACGAGGUAAUUAAAUGAGUAACGAAGUGUUUCAUCUAGGAAUCCACUAAUCUGUGGGUUAUGGGUUAUGGGUUAUGGGUUAUGGGUUAUGGGUUAUGGGUUACGAGUGAAGUUAAGAACCUCUCUCAAGGUCCCUGACCCUAUAACUUGAUAAUUUUGAAUAUUUGAGGUGUAACUUUUCCUCAGCUUGUUAUAUUGUAAGUAUUCUCAUUUUCAUGCAAAUUUGUUAGGUCCCCCUUCUCACCUUCCCCUAGCAUAAACCAUCAACCAUGGCAGUUUCUUGGGUAGCAUCCUUUUGAAUUUGGGAAGGUGGAACAAAACAAAAGUAACUCUGCUCUCAGAACUCAGCAUCUUCAGCUUAUCACCGUUAAUAUUUCAGAUACAAAGAGAGAGAAAGUAGAGAGAGAAACAGAGUUUCCUGAAGCAGUUUGUCCCCUCACGUGCACCUUUUGUAUUUUUGGUUUAGUCUAUUUAUUUUGAUUGUUCUACCUUCCACCUUUACCUCCACCUCCUUAUAACUUAUAGGCCUAUUCUUCCCUGUUUCAUUGCUAUUAUCUUUGUUAGGAUAGUGAUUUGCAUAGAAAAUGGCCCUUGAAGCAAUACCUAACUACAAUGAUAUCUUUAACUUCAUGGUCUAUGAAACGCUAAAUUCCUCUCAAUAUGGAUGUAAUCUUGGCUUUAUGGAAGAUGUUCCAGUACAUGAAAAGCCUCAGAAUCUUGGUGGUAUGUCGAGUUUGGGCUCGAUGGGUCAGUGUUCGACUCGUGGAAUCCAAAACCGGAGGGUGGAUUUAGGGGUACAAGGAAGGAAGAAAAGGAGAAGAAGGCCAAAGGUUUGUAAGAACAAAGAAGAAGCUGAGACUCAGAGGAUGACUCACAUUACUGUUGAGAGAAAUCGACGUAAGCAGAUGAAUGAGCACCUUGCUGUUCUACGUUCUCUCAUGCCUGAAUCUUAUGCUCAGAGGGGUGACCAGGCCUCCAUAGUUGGUGGUGCCAUAGAAUUUGUGAAGGAGCUUGAGCAUCUUGUGCAUUCAUUUGAAGUUCAGAAGCUGAAUUUUCUAAAGCAAUCAGCAACUAUGAAUUCAGAACCUGGUGGUAUUCCCACCACCAGAGAAAACAACUCAAUGUUAACACCAUUUGCAGAAUUUUUCUCAGAUUCUGAGCACACUUUCUCUCAAGUUGGUAAGAAGUACACUUUAAUGAGCAAAGCUUCAAUUGCUGACAUUGAGGUCACCUUGAUUGAAACCCAUGCAAAUCUUCGAAUCCUUUCGAAGAAAAACCCGAGGCAAAUAUCAAAAUUGGUUUCCGGUUUUCAAACCCUUCGUCUGACCAUCCUUCACCUCAAUGUAACCACUUUGGACCCAUUAGUCCUGUAUUCCAUCAAUGUGAAGGUGGAAGAAGGGUGCCAAUUCACUUCUGUAGAUAGUAUUGCAGAGGCCGUUCAUCACAUGCUUAGAAUAAUAAUUGAGCGAGAUGAUGUACCUUUCUUGCUAACAUACUAGCUGAUUGCCUAAGUUGUCCCAUGAAUCACUUUACAAUUGUUAUACGAAAAAGGCUAAAUGAAGAACUUAUUUGCGACCAAAUAGAGAAGAGGAGUGAGUAUUGGGCUUUAUACCAAGGAAAUUUACCAAGACACCCCCUCCUCAUAUAUUCGUUGGAUAAUAAUUCUCCAGAUAACCCGACUUUUCAUAUAUGAGUCCCUUGGGACAUUGUGACUUACUCCUCUCUCGCCUGAAUAUUAACAGUCUUCACUUAUUCUAGAUUGGCUGAUGUAAUAUGCAAGAUUAUUGAUUAGGCUAUGGUGAGCGAAGGAAAUCAAUUCAAUGUUACUGCAUUUUAUGGUCAAUAAUGUAAAGGUUUGUGCUGGCUUAGAUUGUGCUCUUAGAAUUUCAAGCUUGUCUUGAAGAGUUGUUUGCUUACAAACAUGAAGGCAGGAAUGUAAUGCUUAAUAUAAUUUGUGAAUUUCUUUA